AUGGAUCCCAUACUUACACCAGAAAUGAUACAUAUUGGUUCACGCCAUUAUAGAAAAAAUGCAUCAAAACAUUGUUUUGUUCAGACGUUUCCUGCAUCUAUUAGUCAAAUUGAAGAAAAUUCAGAUGCUGAAGAAGCUGAUGUCGACGAAACAGAUCCAGAAAUUCUAGAGUUAAGUAAAAAUAUAAUCGUGUCUGAUAAUGGAUAUACUGCAACAAUCAACGUCCCAUCCAUGUUCCAUAAGUUCAUCAUAGGUGUUCAGCACUCAAAAAGAAAACUUUUGGAAGAUGAAUUUCGAUGUAACAUUGAAAUUCCACAAUCGGGUUCUAGUUCUUCAAAAAUCUUUAUUACUGGACCUUCAAGAUUUAAUGUUUUAAGUGCUUGUCGCCGUAUGCUCUGGAUAGUAUCUGAUGCUCGUAGUCGUUGUCAGCCAACUCAUUUCAUAUGUUUACCAGUUACGUGUCAAACUGUAAAGGAUAAUUUUCAAAAAUUCCGACAAUCUAUAUUGAAGGCUGCUAGUAAAUCUGCUGCUCAAGAUUUUAUGGGAGUAGAUAGUUCUGUUUUUCAUUCGGUAUCCACAUUGCAUUUCACUUUGGUAACACUUAUUUUGGCUGAUGAGUCUGAGAUUGAACAAGCUUAUGAUACACUAAGAAUGUUUUGCAGAUCCGAUAAAGGUCUUCAACUGUUUGCUUCUGGUCCUCUCAAUUUAACUCUAAGGGGCCUUGAGUAUAUGAAUGAUGAUCCUGCCUCCGUACAUGUGCUCUACGCGAAGUUGGCUGAUUCUCCUGAUUUUCAGCGACUACAGUCUAUUGCCAAUGAGCUAUCGAGUUUAUUUGCCGACAAAAAUUUAACUAGUACUGGACCUUAUCGUGCAGACAAUUCUGUAAAAUUGCAUAUGACUCUACUGAAUUCCAAAUAUCGGCAAGAAAGAGAAGGUCAAAGUGCUUCUACUCAAGGUUUCCUACCACAUGCUCGUACACCGUUCAGUAUAACAGGGAUUUUGAAAGUUGCAGGGAAUUUUUGUUUGCUGAAAACCAGCCUUUUGACCAAACUUUAUUUAUGUGAUCGAUUAUCAUUUGAUACUUCAACUCAGUUUUAUAAAUGUUGUUGUAAAAUUGAGUUUAAUAACAAUAGUGAUAAUGAAUGUGCGCAUGUUAUAAAAAUGUGA